CGUUCUUCCAACAUUCGCCGCACCCUUCACAAUCACGACGUCUAGGACUGUGAUCGACCUCACUGGACACCAUGCCUUCGAUUCUCAAUGACGACGAUAAGCAGACGGUGAAGCGAACUGUACCCAAAGCCUCGAACAAGAUCCAUGCCGUUGCCGUUGCGAAGCUCUAUGUCGCCUAUCCGAACCAGCAAAGAUGGACCUUCACAGGGCUGCAGGGAGCAGCAGUACUAGCGAACGACUUGGUCGGGAACACUUUUUGGAUCAAGAUGGUUGAUGUCUCGCCUGCCAACCGCGGAGUGAUCUGGGACCAAGAAAUCUACGACACCUUCUCCUAUAACCAGGACCGCACGUUCUUCCACACUUUUGAGCUGGAGGAUUGCCUUGCGGGACUGUCAUUUGCGGACGAGAAGGAGGCAAAAACGUUCAAGAAGAAGAUGGAUGAUCGGGAGAAGAAUGCGCACAAGAACACUAAGUCGAAGCCGUUUGGGUCUGCUAUGAAUACUGCGGCCUCGAAUGGAGGUGGAAGCGGCGGAGGGAAGUCACACGGCCUUCUGGGUGGUCUGUUUGGCCACAGACAUUCGUCCGCUUCGCAUCAUCCUCCAGCACAGUCGAUUAUACCACCCAGGGAAAUGACCGUUACCUCUCCUACUCAGCAUACCCACUCGAACGCUGCAAGCAGCCGUAACUCAGCAAUCGACACCACGGAUCCUACUUUGGUGAAGGAACUACUGGCAAUGGGCAUCACAGAGGACCAGAUUGAGGACAAUGCGGACUUCAUCAAAAUGUACAUUGAGCAGCGGAAGGCGCAAGAGAAUGUGGAAGAGAGUGCUGCGGAACGACGAUCAAGGGCUCCACCGCCUCCACCACCAAGUGCACCGCCCAUGAAAGCAACUGCCCUAAGUCCGCAAAACACGGGAUCGUCGACAUCGAGAAGAGGACCGCCGCCAGCUCCUCCGCCAGCACGAAGGACCAAGACUGACGCUGCAGCAUCACCAGCUAGUCCGGCGCCCUCUCCACCUCGCCAGGCCUCUCCUCCCGCGCCACCAGGCCCCAAAUUCCGUGCCCCUCCUCCAAUUGCAGAUGCUGGCAAAUUCGCGCACACAAACGCACCGCCGCCACCGUCAAGAGCUCGGGCCGAAUCCAAUACAGUAACGAACCCAGGGCCUCCACCUCCUCCCAGGCCGCCAAAGACACCGAUGGAAGAGGCGCCAGAGCCAGGCCACAGGUUUGGUGUCCCACCGCCAUUCACAGGCUCCAGGGCUCCGGUAAACCCACCCCCUCCGCCAAGUCGUGGACCUGUUCCUCCCCCACCACCUGCUCGGGAGACUCCAACAGCACAUGUCCCGCCACCACCAGCUCGACAGACUCCACCUGCACACAUUCCGCCGCCGCCAUUGCCUCCAAAGACAUCCUCGGCGCCUCCUCCGUUGCCACCCUCGAACCACGGCGCCCCACAACCGCCUCCGUUACCUCCGUCCUCUACUCGUCAUGUACCUCCUCCGCCAUCAAAUCACGCACCACCUCCACCCUCUCGGGACAUCCCUCCGCCUUCGCCCAUGCCUGCGAGCUCGAUUCCUCCCCCCCCUCCUAUGCCUACGAGCUCAAUCCCGCCUCCCCCCCCUAUGCCGCAUUCAGCAGUCCCCCCACCACCACCCAUGCCCAACUCCUCCGUGCCUCCCCCGCCACCGAUGCCACCUGGCAGCGGUCCGCCACCACCACCUCCCAUGCCCGGCGCGCCCGCGGCCCAAGGCCUGCCCAAGAGAGCCCCCGUCGUCGACAACCUGCUUGCCGAUAUCCGCGGCGGCGCUAAGCUCAAGAGAGUUAGCUCUCAGGAGAAGCGGGAUCGAAGUGCGGCACUAGUGCCCGGUAGCGAGCCGGCGGCUACUGGGGGUGCGGCCGGUGGAGCUGCUCCGAAUGCGGCAGAGGGAGGGCUGGCUGGAGCACUGGCUAGUGCGCUUGCGGCGAGGAAGGCGAAGGUUAGCCAUAGUGAUGAUGAGGACGAAAAGGAUGAUUGGUGAGAAUUUGGAGAGUGGAGAUUCGAUCGUUUUUUUUCAUUUGCGUUGAGGCGUGAUGAUGCUUUCAGAGGGGGUGGGAGUGAUGAGCACGGGUAGGUAUUAAUAUGGAAUCUGAGCACGGUUCGCAUUGUUGAUACCGCUGAUUUGGCGUGAUGAGGUAUGCCCGGGGUUGGAGUCAUGCCAUUGAUGUGGUCGUCACAUGGGGUGAAUGGCGCUGUUGGGGAUGGUAGAAGGCUUUUUGCCUCUGUUGAGGAGAAAUAAGGGGGUGAUAGAGCCAGAAGUGGUCUUUGACUCGUAUACUUCCGUCCAAAUUGAUCCUGAAUCCAGCUA